GGUUCACGGUACCUAUUUUUUGUAGCAAUAGACAUGGAUUAUUUUGGAGACAGCGUUGAAAGGAGACUUUCACCGAGGACUGUUGAAGUAACUGAUAAUGAGCGAACUAGAAUGGACCCACGUUCGUCCAACAACCAAAUCGUGGUGUUCGUUAAUGAACCAGAGAUCUUUGAAGACUAUCGGAAGAUGAAGAAAAGACAUCAAAUAACAUCAUCAGAGAGUGAUAGCAGCGUCAGUUAUAAAGACGUCAUGCAAUUCCUCAUCCAGGUGGACGCCCGACUCAAGGAGCAAGAAGGGCGACGGAUCAACCAACAUUCGAAUGAAAACGUAAAGCUUAUGAACAUCUUACGGGACUUCCGCAGACGUGAUGAAGGAGAAUAUAUAGAUGAUGACUCUGAAAUAGAAGAACAUAGCAAUAGAGUUAAUAAAGAAGAAAGUAGCAUAGAGCGUCCACCCGAGAAACGUAUGAAGAAAGUAAGCGCAGAGAGGUUUCCUAAGAAGAGAGUAAAAGUGGGUCGUUUUGCUCCAAGAUAUGAUGCUCCGUUAAAAAAAUUAAACUUUAUACGAACGCCAAAACCGUUAAUAGGAAAACAGGGUAUUUAUGAGGAUAAAUAAAUCAUUUGAAUAA